CUCGUCAAUCGCCGAAAAUCAACCAACCUCACCCGUAAAUCCUCUUCCAAUCCAUACACACCAAAAAUGAGCAGAGACAAUAAAUUACUAUAUACUGUCCAAUAAUAUUAGGAGCCCACCGUGAUGAAUUCUGUUUUAGAAGGCCAAGGGAUUGUACAGCUCAAAGCAAACUAACAGCCUCAAAGGCCACAAUAGUGCAUAUGCCGUUUAGUUAGUUCGAUUGAGAGAGAAAAUGGAAGGCGUGGGAAUCGAACAGAGGGCAGAGUUGGUGAAGGAAGGAGAAGGAGGAAGAGGAGGAGUCCUGGAAAGACAGUUAUCGAGCUUGUCGUUGAGCGAUUCAACAAGAGAAACAGCAGGAACAGAGCAGGAGGAUGGUUCAUCUGAAGAAAACGACGAGUCUGCUGAUACUGUUGGAGAAUUAUUUGUCCCCGGUCCAAUGUGUUCUUUAAAAGAUCAUUGGGAGCGCGACAAGGAAGAUGAAAGCAUUCAAAGGUGGAAGAAGCAAUUGCUUGGAUUUGCUGACUUUGAAUUGAAUGACGAUAAAAUAGAACCCGAUGUUACAGUGCUUUCUCUAGGAAUAGUGUCUAAAGGCUAUCCAGAAAUAACUUUGCAACUUCCUCUUGAUAAAAAAUCAAAUGAUGUAUGCUUCAUCCUCAAAGAAGGCUCCAACUACCAUCUGAAGUUUACAUUCAUGGUUCAUCACAACAUAGUUUGUGGUUUGUCAUAUACAAAUACUGUCUGGAGAGGUGGAAUUCGAGUAGAUCAAACACAAGGCAUGCUAGGAACAUUUAGUCCACGAAGAGAGCCUUAUGUAAAUAUCACAGAGGAAGACACAACUCCAAAAGGAAUACUUGCUCGUGGGACAUACACAGCAAAAACAAAGUUUAUGGACGAUGAUGGAAAAUGCUACCUUGAAGUGCAAUACUCAUUUGAGAUUCAGAAAGACUGGAAAGACAAAAAGUCUGAAAGCUUCCACAAGGUACAUAAAAAACAAUGGUUGUCAAGGAGUUUAUCGCACCAAUUAAAUCUUUCAUACCAAUUUUCUGGGAAACAAAGAAAACAAGAGAAUCAACAAAUUGUAGAUAAAUGAACAACAUGCAUGAACCAAUGAUUUUAACAUUAUUCUUUGAGUUAAGGUCAUUCAUGUUUCAAAUAUUUUAAGUUCUAUUGAUUGCUUUGCCAAAGCACAAGGGAAUGAAUGAAGUGGAAGUGUUUAUAUGAAUUAUGGGUUGGUAAUAUUCAUAAGUAAGAGUAUUUGUGUGUAUUGGGUUGGUGAUAAGUAUAUUAAUGUUUGAAAUUAAAUAUUAUGUAUUUUCAAAAUUGAUCUUA